AGCAGUUCUUCAGAGAUGAGUGCAUUGUCAGUGAGGCCUGGGGCUCAGGGAGAGCCAUUCAAGAACCCAUCUUGGUUACAGGCUAGGAGUGCCAGGGCAGAGGCCCUUGGAGCCACUUGGCAGGGUCUGGACCCUAGCCCUCCUCCCCUCCCUCGUGACCGGGUUUCCAGGCUGUGCAGACCCUGACGAACAGACUCCCUGGUUCCCCCCAGGGCUCGAGCAGCAUGGCCUCAGAGGCUCGGGGUGGGCUGGGGGCCCCUCCGCUACAGUCUGCCCGAUCCCUGCCAGGCCCUGCCCCCUGCCUCAAGCACUUCCCGCUCGACCUGCGCACGUCCAUGGAUGGCAAAUGCAAGGAGAUCGCCGAGGAGCUGUUCAGCCGCUCCCUGGCUGAAAGUGAGCUCCGCAGCGCCCCUUACGAGUUCCCGGAGGAGAGCCCCAUCGAACAGCUGGAGGAGCGGAGGCAGCGCCUGGAGCGGCAGAUCAGCCAGGAUGUCAAGCUGGAGCCGGACAUCCUGCUUCGGGCCAAGCAAGAUUUCCUGAAGACUGACAGUGACUCAGACUUCCAGCUCUACAGGGAGAAAGGUGAGGGGCAGGGUGACCGGGGCCUGUGGGAGCGCGACGCGGUGCUGGAGCGGGAGUUUCAGCGGGUGACCAUCUCCGGAGAGGAGAAGUGUGGGGUGCCCUUCACAGACCUGCUGGAUGCGGCCAAGAGCGUGGUGCGGGCGCUGUUCAUCCGGGAGAAGUACAUGGCCCUGUCGCUGCAGAGCUUCUGCCCCACCACCCGCCGGUACCUGCAGCAGCUGGCCGAGAAGCCCCUGGAGACACGCACCUACGAGCAGGGCCCCGACACCCCCGUGUCCGCUGACGCCCCGGUGCACCCACCAGUGCUGGAGCAGCACCCCUAUGAGCGCUGUGAGCCGAGCACCAUGCCAGGGGACCUGGGCCUGGGUCUGCGCAUGGUGCGGGGCGUGGUUCAUGUGUACACCCGCAGGGAAGCUGAUGAGCACUGCUCAGAGGUGGAGCUACCAUAUCCCGACCUGCAGGAAUUUGUGGCAGAUGUCAAUGUGCUGAUGGCUCUGAUCAUCAAUGGCCCCAUAAAGUCAUUCUGUUACCGCCGGCUCCAGUACCUGAGCUCCAAGUUCCAGAUGCAUGUGCUGCUCAACGAAAUGAAGGAGCUGGCCGCGCAGAAGAAGGUGCCACACCGAGAUUUCUACAACAUCCGCAAGGUGGACACGCACAUCCAUGCCUCAUCCUGCAUGAACCAGAAGCAUCUGCUGCGCUUCAUCAAACGGGCGAUGAAGCGGCACCUGGAGGAGAUUGUGCACGUGGAGCAGGGUCGUGAGCAGACGCUACGGGAGGUCUUCGAGAGCAUGAACCUCACAGCCUACGACCUGAGUGUGGACACGCUCGACGUGCACGCCGACAGAAACACCUUCCAUCGCUUUGACAAGUUCAAUGCCAAAUACAACCCCAUUGGGGAGUCUGUCCUCCGAGAGAUCUUCAUCAAGACGGACAACAGGGUUUCUGGGAAGUACUUUGCUCACAUCAUCAAGGAGGUGAUGUCCGACCUGGAGGAGAGCAAAUACCAGAACGCAGAGCUGCGGCUCUCCAUCUACGGCCGCUCAAGGGACGAGUGGGACAAGCUAGCACGCUGGGCCGUCAUGCACCGUGUACACUCCCCCAACGUGCGCUGGCUCGUGCAGGUGCCCCGCCUCUUCGAUGUGUACCGGACCAAGGGCCAGCUGGCCAACUUCCAGGAGAUGCUGGAGAACAUCUUCCUGCCGUUGUUCGAGGCCACCAUCCACCCUGCCAGCCACCCGGAGCUGCAUCUCUUCCUGGAGCAUGUGGAUGGCUUUGACAGUGUGGAUGAUGAGUCGAAGCCCGAGAACCACGUCUUCAACCUGGAGAGCCCGCUCCCUGAGGCUUGGGUGGAGGAGGACAACCCGCCCUACGCUUAUUACCUGUACUACACCUUCGCCAACAUGGCCAUGCUGAACCACCUUCGCAGACAGAGGGGCUUCCAUACGUUCGUGCUGAGGCCACACUGCGGGGAGGCGGGGCCCAUCCACCACCUGGUGUCGGCCUUCAUGCUGGCUGAGAACAUCUCGCAUGGGCUGCUUCUGCGCAAGGCCCCGGUCCUGCAGUACCUGUAUUACCUGGCCCAGGUCGGCAUUGCCAUGUCCCCGCUCAGCAACAACAGCCUCUUCCUCAGCUACCACCGGAACCCGCUGCCCGAGUACCUGUCCCGCGGCCUCAUGGUCUCGCUGUCCACGGACGAUCCCCUCCAGUUCCAUUUCACCAAGGAGCCGCUGAUGGAGGAGUAUAGCAUCGCCACCCAGGUGUGGAAGCUCAGCUCCUGUGACAUGUGUGAGCUGGCACGCAACAGCGUGCUCAUGAGUGGCUUCUCCCACAAGGAGAAGAGCCACUGGCUGGGACCCAACUAUACCAAGGAGGGCCCCGAGGGCAAUGACAUCCGCCGCACCAACGUGCCGGACAUCCGCGUGGGCUACCGCCACGAGACCCUGUGCCAGGAGCUGGCGCUCAUCACGCAGGCCGUGCAGAGCGAGAUGCUGGAGACCAUCCCGGAGGAGGCAGGCAUCACCCUGAGCCCCGGGCCUCAGUGAGCCCGGCCCCUGCAGUGCCCUUCAUCUCGGCACCUUGCCCACAUUCUGUCUGCAGACCCCUCCCAGCCUGUUCUGGUCUCUGCAUGUGUCGUUCUUCCUUGUUCUGUCCUGCAUGUUUCUACCUGUGUCUGUCCCUGUGCCGCCCCGGGGCGAGUGGAGCCGCUUUGCCCUCGUCUUGGCUCAUGUGGCACCUGAGGGUCCAGGUUUGAGGUCUGCCCCACUGGAAGCUCUGUCCCAGGAUCCUCUGUAGCCUGACCAGUCCUUCGAGCAUCUGAGAGCUUGGGAUGGUUGUGGGGGGCUGGCCCCUCUAACCCUUGGGGUCCUGCUUGGGUAAAUUCAGCCUUUGACUGGAGCUUGAAUUCAGGCCCCCGUCUUGUUUAUGUGGCCGGGGAGGCAGUCAGGUGUGGCCUGUACACAUAUGUUGUGGGCAUGGGCUGCCUGGGAUCUGUGAGCUCCAGCAGCUCGUCGGCAGGUAGGGUUGGCUGAGUCCCAGCCUUGGCUUCCUGGACUCAGGCCCUGGAGGUGCUGGACCACCGCCUCUGCCAAGUCACUGCCCAGCAGCUUUCUCUGUCCUUUCUCUGGUUUGUGUGCUCCUCUGGUGUCAGCUUCCUGUGCCUCUGUGGGAGGGGGUAGCCGCCCUGUGCCAUGUCCGGGGCCCUUGUAGCAGGAGGGUUCUGGAUCUUCCCUGAGGAUAGUAACCCCACUGUGGUCCCCAGAGUUUUGACCACACCUGGAUCCCCCCUGGUCCCUUGUGUUGUGAUAUGGACUGAGGCCUUUGCUGUGAAAUGCAGUGUUUCAUACAAUCCCAUCUUUCCUAG